UUUUGAAUUUUAAAUAGGUACUAAUAAUUAUUAAUAUUUUCCAAUGUUCUAUACUACGUUAUUUGAUUAUUAAUGAACUGUGAUGAUUAGGUGUAAGUUGAAUAGGUUAAUCGUAACGCGAAAUGGAAAACGUUACAAACACUUUUUGUCUUCGAACGAAAUUCGACAGCGGUUUAUCGAUUAUUUCGUAAAAGAAAAUGAUCACAAGUUCAUUAAAUCAAGUCCAGUCUUACCUUAUAAUGAUCCUUCAAUAGCGUUUGUUAAUGCUGGGAUGUGUCAGUUUAAAAAUGUUUUUCUCGGCCAACAAACAUUGGUAGCCAAGUGUGUGGCUAACAGUCAAAAAUGUAUUAGAGUAGGAGGCAGACACAAUGAUUUAAGUUUAGUUGGUUCAGACGGAACCCAUCAUACGUUUUUCGAAAUGCUCGGAAACUGGUCCUUUGGCCAAUACGAUAAAGCUGUAGCUUGUCGUUUGGCGUGGAACCUGUUGACAUCGUCUCCUUACGAUAUAUCUCCAGAACAUUUAUACAUCACUGUAUUUAACGGUGACAAACAACAAAAUUUAGAAGCCGAUGACGAGACUUAUCGGAUUUGGAAGCAGUUAGGAAUACCUGAUAGUCGUAUAAUUAUGAGCGGAAGAAACGACAAUUUUUGGGAAAUGGGCGAGACCGGGCCUUGCGGUCCAUGUACGGAAAUACAUAUUGAUUAUCCGCCAUCGGGUGGAAAAAACCUUAUAGAACUAUGGAACAUUGUUUUUAUUCAAUAUUCUCGAGAAAUAGAUGGAGCGAUGCAAAAACUACCAAAGUGUUUUGUAGAUACUGGUAUGGGACUUGAGCGUUUAGCGAUGGUAUUGCAAGGGAAAAAAUCUACUUACGAUACCGACUUGUUUUUGCCUUUAUUUGACACAAUAUUCAAAGUGAGCGGCGUCUCAAAAUACACGGGGUGUUUUGAAACUGCAAAUACAUUAGAUACUAAUUAUCGUAUAUUAGUCGAUCACGGUCGUAUGAUAACAACCGCAUUGGCAGACAACAUGCUUCCUAGUCACAAUCAUAAAUUACGAAGAAUCAUGCGCAAAUCGUUUUUGCUAACCGAAAACAACUUUAAAGUUCAACCUGCAUUCGGUCUAAUGUCCAGUAUCGCCAAUGAAGUAUCGAAUUGUCUUGGAGAUACGUAUCCAGAGAUAAGACGAAAUUUAGAAAAGGUACAACAAUUACUCAAACACGAAUACAGCGUUUUUGACAAUCUGAGGAAAUCGGUUUCCAAAGAAUGGCAUUACGUAAUUGGUCGUUUGCCUAACCUUACGGUAUUCAAUCCUUAUGAGGAGUGUACUGGCUUUGUUCCUGCUUGUAACUACCUCGUUAAACAUGACGAUAUAUUGCAAAUUCCAGCUUUUACUAUGUAUGACGCAUUUGGUUUAGAUGUUCAGACGAUAGAAAAGUUAGCCAAAGCUACUGACAUGCCAGUUGAUUGGAAUGAAUUUAACGAUAAGCUUUUAGCAUUGAAAUCUAAAACAAAACAUUGUAUUCGCAACACAAGUAAAAUUAAUAACUUAAUGCACAAUUUUCCUGCAACCGAUGAUGGCUUGAAGUACAAUAUAUUUUGUCAAGAUAAUCAAAGUUACAAUAUUUCACCAGCAAUACCAGUUAAACUUUUAGCAGUUAUCGAUAAAAAUGGCAUCGUCAUUAAAGAGUACAACAUUAGUGAACACAACAGAGAUGACGUUGUUUCUUUGAUAUUUGACAAAACCAACUUUUAUUGUGAAGCCGGAGGACAGGAAAACGACAUUGGCAUUGUGAAGACAAAGAGUGGGCUUGUGUUUCAUGUUAUCAAUGUAGAAAAAAUUCAAGAAAAUGGUGUUAUACUGCAUUAUAUCAAGUCCAAAGACUGGCCGCUGCUGUUUGGUGAAGAAGAAUUAUUCCUCCAAAUUGAUAUUGAUCACCGGCUUGGCUUGAUGCGAUCACAUUCGUCUGUACACAUAUUAAAUGCUGUGUUGAAUUCAUAUUUAGUCGUCACUUGUCAAACUUCGAGCAGUGUAAAAAAAGACUUAAUGUCAUUUACAUUUGAACUAUUUGGUCAAAAGUUUACUCCGGAAGAUGCUUUAGCGGUCGAACAAAAAAUCAAUGACAUAAUAAAAUUAGCCUUGUCUGUUAAAAGAACUACAAUGUCGUCAAACGAUUUAAAUGAAAUUGACGUAAAGUUGAUUCCGGGAGAAAUUUAUCCGGACGCUCAAGUACAUGUGAUAGACAUAUAUGAAGAUGAUUCAUAUUUUUCUAGAGAAGCUUGUUGCGGAACACAUGUUAACAGUACAUCGGACUUGAUUGAUUUUUGUAUUGUCCAUUAUAAAUCUACUAAUAAGGAAUGCACUUUGGUCGGCGUGACCGGGCCAUUGUGCAUUCGUGCUAAAUCGUACGGUGUCGAGUUGUUGAACAAAUUGAUAGAAAUCGACAAAUUUGUGAGUUUGAUUUAUGCAAGCAACACAACACCAUCAAAGAUUCAACAAGCCGUUAUGGAAAUUAAUGAUAUAAAAUUAGAGUUAAAAAAAAAUUUGAAAAAGCAUAUACCUUUAAAAAAUAAAAUAGAAUUGGAUAAAAAAAUAUUGUCUUUAGAAAGAAAAUUUCAAAAUGUAUUCAAAGAAGAAAAAAGGAAACUUCUUGAAAAUGAUUUAAGAAAAUUAUAUGAUGAAAAAUGUGUGGUCGGUAGUGUGGACGUUAAUGAUUUUUACUUUAAUGAUAACCGAAUUAAUUUUGAUGAAGUAACCCGUACAUACGGAGACAUCCCUUGUUUACUUUUUGCAUACAAAAAUGGAAUUAUUUUCAUGUACUGUCAUGUCCCCGCGUCGUAUUCAGAUGAUGACAGUUGGUUAAUCAAUGUAUUUACUAUGUUAAAAACAAAACCGAUAAAGUUAAGAAAUAAAGGUCAGUUGAAAAUUGCGGAAUUAAAAAUUAGAAUGUUAGAUAGCUGUAGAGCACACAAAUUAAUCGAUACUAUCGUUGGAAACACCAAAGAUUAUUUUAAACGCAAUCAAGCCUUCGAAACAAAUUGUAAAUAACAGAUAUCUGUGCAAAACAAUAAUAUUUUUUUAUUUGUAAAAUUACAUACUUGUAAAUAUAAUUGCAAAAUAAUAUCAAUAACGUAUUUAUCACGAUUUUAAAUUUUAAAAAUAUGUCUCAGUCGUCCCACGCAAUUACUUCAUUGGCAAAAUUGCUGGUAAAGGCCAAAAGGUAAAUUUAAACUAAAUUUUAACAUUUUUUUUUUUUU